AUGAGAACAAACUCGAAAAACUAAGUACUAAACAUGUAUUAGAAGUAACAAAGGUAUAAACAUUUCCACAAGUGAAGAGAGUAUACUACGAAUUGAGUAGUUGAAUGGCUCAACAUAUUAUAACAGAAGUUGGGGUUCCUGGAAAGAAAGAAAGAGAAAGGCGACAUUUUCAAGAGGAAAAAGGCAAAACAAAGAUUAAACCAAGUGGACGUGUUUAUAUUCAUCCCGGUUACGGAACUCAGCCAGAUUGGAAACCACAUGGAAAGUCUAUAGAAGUCAAGUAUUCCAGCAAUGGACCAGACUGGGAAUCGAGAAUUAGCUAUAUACCACAUCCAUCAGACCCGGAGGCUAAACAUCCACAAUGCCUUCCAAUAGGACAAAGGUCAUUCCCAGACAUGACAAGACAAACAUAUGGAGAGUGGACCUACUAUCCUGACAACACAGUAGGGAAGAAGUGUUUCUUUACAGGCAGCAGUGGAGAAAUUCAGCAUAUAAACAACUUAACAUCAGCCAAUGAAAUAACUCAUUCAAUGUUAUAUGGUAAAAGGCGGAAAUACAAUUCAAUAUGGCAGAAAAGGGAAUUUCCAUAUGCAUCCCCUGGGGAUAAAAACUACCAGGUAGUUGAGUACUCUCCUAACUUUCACAAGAGGGGAUCAUGCAGGCCUAUUGUCAACUUUGGUGGGCCACCUACAAAGAAACCAGACACAUUCGUUCCUCUUCAAAAAUUGCCAGAAAUCACAAGAGAGCCUUAUGUUGUGAAGGAAAGACAACGCAGACUUCAAGAUGACGUGGCCAUGGUCCAUGACCUAAGUUCGUGGAAGCCUGCCAUGCCUUUAGUAUCUCCUGAUGACGUUCGGUACCUGAACACAUUAUAUUAGCAUUUAGAUAUAAUUUUUUUACCAUCCCAUGGCUGCUGCUAGUAUUUAUGUACAGUAUAUAACAUUAUAUACAUGACCUUUGUAAAUAUGGUGCUCAUGCAAUAAUAGAAAUUUAAGUAA